CAAAACGUGUCUCUAUUUUUAUCACUCAUAAUAAUUUCUAUGAUUAAAAAGAGAAAUAAGCCUAUAUAAAGAGCAUAGGCCUAUAUUUUAUUUUCAAAUUUUAACAUUUUGAAGGCCAACUUCAACACCGAGCUCGUAUUUAGCUCAUAGCUCUAACAUCAACACGUCCGAGUCAUUUGAGCAGACUACUGAGGCAUGUUUCUGUUACCAAUUCUUAAGAAUGAAAACAUCUCCUGUGAUAUCAAAAAUGAUUUUAAUGCAGCUGCUAGUGUUCAUUGUUUUCACAAGUGGUAAGUGACUUUUCUCAAAAUCCUAACGAAUUUUAGCUGUUUAUAUAUUUUUUUUAAAUUUUAUUUUAUUAUUUUUUUGGGAACGUAAAAACAAACCAGACAAUAUUUAAGAAUUGAAUUCGUUAUUUUGUAACAUUAAAAAAAAACAUUAAUUAAUCCCUGAAUACUCAGAAUAUUUCAGACAAUAAUUAUUAUUAAUUAUGUUUUUAUUUCUUAUUAAUGAAAAACGUUAAUGCUAAAGGGUUUCUGAAGAAAUUAAAACAAAAAAAUUAAAAAAAAAACAACUAAAAAGCAAAGGGAUUUAGAUGGCGUCAUUGUAAUUUAAAUCAUGGCAAACUUUUGGUACCAUUGCAUCUAAGGUUACCGGAAACUUGAUCGAAAGAAAUUUCGUUGACGGUAAACUGAUCGACGGGAAUUUGAUUGAACGGAAAUUUGGUCGAAACUUUUUUUUCAGUUCACUUGUUAAAACUUUCGUCAAAUUUUAUUUUGAACGCACUAUACUACAUUAUCGUAAAACAAAAUCAGGCGUUCGAAAAGAAAUUUGAAGCAAAAUAUUUUAACGUAAAAACUGAAAAAAGAUUCGACCGAAUUUCCCUUCGAUCAAUUUACCGUCAACGAAAUUUCUUUCUAUCACAUUUCCGGAUACGUGUAUCUAACAAUGGUGUAAUAUAGGCGUCUUGUUUACGCCGUGAAACCCGUGCAUGAACUCGGGAUGACCCAAGUUCGGCGACAAUGGAUGUUGCUUAAUUAUAAAAUGUCUCCCUUGACCUUGACUACACUAUGCUAACAUAGUCUAUAGCAGGGGUCUCAAACUCAAAUCAUCCGGGGGCCGUAGGAGGAGGCAGGGUCUGAGUGAGACUGGGCCACAUCAAGUAUUCCACAAAAAUGCGAUUACAAAUUCAAUAAAGUACAAUUGUUCCAACCUGCUCAACCUUAAGUAACAACAAAUAAAAACAUUAAGGGUUCUCAAGAGCUAGGCUUCACUUUCUUCCUCCUAAAUGCUUGUUGCCAGAAACCUGACAGCGCAAGUGACCAAGCUGACAGGUUCGGAAAAUCCCUCACUCGUAAGUACUAGCGGCAAUUUUAAUAGGGAUUCUUUGAUACUGUGUCGGAUUGCCACCAUUUACACAGAAUAUGGCAUUACCCACUAACAAACCUUUUAAAAUUUUGAAAUUUUUAUAUAUAAUAUUAGAAACGUGUUUUCUCAAAACCGCACGUUGGCCGCCAUGUUUGUCACAUAAAAGGUUAAGAAUUAAAAACAUUUUUUUCCGAUUUUAAAACGGUUUUUACCACUGUAAUCAACGUCCCAAUCUAAACAAACAUAAUACAAAUCAGAAUUAGACUAAUCGAUGAGGUACGACUGAAACCGUCGCGGAGUGUCACAUUGGGAAAACUCGCUGGCCGCAUUAACACUAAAUUUGCUGUCAUGUCGCGGUCCGCAAGAUAUCGUCUUGCGGGCCGCAAAUGAACCGCGGGCCGCGAGUUUGAGACCCCUGGUCUAUAAUAUUUCGAAUUAGAAUUCUUUAGAACUUACGAGACAGACCGAGAUAUGGAUAUUAUUUGUGACCCCUUUUUGGAAAAGUCUCUAUGAAAGACUAUAAAUAACCUGAUCGACAGUGAGCUAGAAAGAGACUGAGAGAGAGAGAGAGAGAGAGAGAGUGAGAGAGAGAGAGAGAGAGAGAGAGAGAGAGAGGGAGAGACAGUUUUGAGAUUACGAUACUGUACUGAUGGUAUAUAGUGCACACUACAUUUACUGUGUGUAUGUGUGAACCUUCAAAAAUUGUUCUUCAUUACUUCAUUUAAUUUAUGGCAUGGGAUCGUCCUUUGUAAUGUACUGAAUGUGAGGAGCCAUAGAGUGAAAUAAGAGACUAAAUUCUCAGCACAUUAUAGCGGUACGUAAAAAUAGUAAUAAGGACAACUCCUUCUUGGCAGAAAAGAAAAUGAAAACGAAGUAUUUCUGUACUUAACAUUUGUUAUACCGUAUGCCCACCCAAUAUACAGUCGAAAAUUCCCGAAUCUUUCCCGGAUCAAGACAAUUUCGUAACGAUAAACAUGAUAACUGUAAUACUCCGUGCCCUCUUUUUAAAAUAUGUUUCGAAAUUUCUCUGCUCAUUUGUUCAACUGCAGUUUCAUUUUACGACCCCUUCACGUAUGAGCAUGACAAAAAUGUUCAACUACAAAUACUUUGUACUCCUUCGAGAGACCCAUUUCCGAACAAAAAAUUCACAAAAUGUCGUCCUUUUUCAGUUCUGGUAACACAUUGUCGAUUUGAGCUAAAGGUGUUAAAGAUGCGUCCGUUGUUUUUUUUUUUUUUUUUUGUACCGUAUAUUAUGGCGCAGAGAGUAUAAUAACUUGUUUAAGAACAACGAUGUCAAAGGUCAGGCUGACAAGAGUUCUCGAUUCUAAACGAACAUCAACGAGUGAAUAUAAGAAUAAGAAAGGGUAUUACCCGUAUUGCAUUGAAUUGAAAGGCGAACUUUCCCGAUAUGAUUAGAAUAUAAAUAAUAAUUAAAGGAGUGCAUUCAAUCCUAAUUCAUGAAAUAGCAAAACGAGGUGUGUGUGGAAGCUUGAAUUAGAGAACAGGACAAAAAGAUAAGAAUGUUUUGGCAUAAAGCCUUCUUCAGCGUACAGGACAAAUGAAAAUAUCACAAAGGCACAGUAAACCACUCAAGAAAUAUCCACUGUUGUCACCGGAAGUGGGAACACAGGAAGCGAAGGAAUAUAAAUGUUGACACUGUGAAAAAUGUGGUCCACAAUAAAAAUGGACCAGAAUAUCCAUGGAUAGAUAAACACACACCAAUAAUAAAAUAGUCGAAAUACAGGGAAACAGGGAGAUACAUUAGUAGGAUAGUAUUUGAUUAUUUGACUUUAUUUUGCACAGUGUCAAUAUUUAUAUUCUCUCGCUUCCUGUUUUCCCACUUCCGGAGACACGAAUGAAUACUGCUUGAGUUGUCUACUGUGCUCUUGUCUUUAUUAACGAAACGUCCUUGUUUUUUGUCCUGUUAUCUUAUUUCAAGCUUCCACAUACCUCGUUUCGCUAUUUCAUUCAUUUAGUAUUUGAUUAAUACCCUAUUGAGAUAUGGUGCCAAACAGCUGAAUAAAUUUAUUUUCCAUUUGAACCCUCUCUGGUGUGUUACUGCAUGACAUCAGUGCUGUGAUGGUUACAUCCAACGCACCUGUAUCUUCAUCUGUGUUGAAAUGAUAAGAGAUGAUUAGACAAGGUUUGAACAAAGAGAAGCAGCUUAAACACUUAAACACUAAGUGUUGCCAUUUAUAUACACAGCUGCCGAAGGCAUUGAUUUGGUUCGUCAGUUAAAUAUUGGAAAAGCAAAUAUUGGAUCUCUAAGUGAAAUGAAAAUCAUUCACUUUCUUUCUGUAUUAAUCUUGGCAAUGGCUUCUUUUCGCGUCUAUAGAUAACAAAAUUAAUAAAAAUUUCGACUAUCCAAUACAUCUGAAUGUUAAACACAAUUACUUUAUACUUUCCUGACACAUGUUUGAAUAUACGGCAUUAAAAUGUACAAGUUUGCUCAAUGGAAAGCCAAAGAAAUAAUAAAAUACUAUCCAAAGAGAUCAUUGCUAUUAAUUAAUUCGUCUUAAGGAUAAUAAAUCAUACUUCACCGAAAUCUUGAAAUAUCAAAAAAAAAUUUGCGGAGGUUGUGUAACUAGAGUUAAACUAGUUUCCUAAAUUAAGUCCUGGGACCAUUGUUGCACACUGAGUCUUAUUAUUUAAUAAAAAAAAUACUUGCAUUUUUAUUUAGACAUUUGUAGAAAUUUUGAUCACAAAAAUACGCCUUUUUUCUAGUUAAAUUUUGUCAAACUUUAGACUUAUUCGGCUGCAUUCUACUAGAAUGUUGAACUUCAACAACCUUAUAUUUCACAACCUAUUGAGACACCAUAUAAAAUCAAACAAUCCGAUGUUCCACAAACAAUUUUUUUUACAAAAUAAAGUCCAACUAUCUUACAUUUUCCAACACUUUGUGAUUUCAAAUUAACUCCAACGAUAUGAUACUCCACAAGACAUUGUUUUACCUUAUAAACUCCAAAUGUCUCAAAGUCCACUACAAAUUGUUUUUACCAUAUAAAAUCACUAUCGUUUCAUUUUUUUUUAUUCGCCAUUGACAGCAGACGCCAGCGCCCCCACCCUUGACGAUCUCACUCACAUCAACUGCACCACUAGUGCUCCCAAUUUGUGCGUCCCUUACGGUGUCUGCUGUUCCAACUCAGAGUUUUGCCAUGCCGGGAUGUGCGAGACGUGCUUCACGCGGGAGGUGCUCGCCCUGCCUGACCAAGACAAGCUUGAGUGGUGUCGUGACCUGGGACAGUUCGACGGUUCAUUGAUGCGUCAUCACACGUGCCGUUUGGCGUGUCAAGGACUGUUUACGUCGGCACAGCUCGCCGUCUGUAAUUGUGAGUUGAGAAUUUAAAGACAGCUGUUACAUGGUUGAUAUCAAAGUUCAAGAUGAGAAGAAUAGAAUUAAAAUCAUUUCCCAGGUGGACAGGUGGAGAAGUUUCAAUGCUCAAGGGGUCGGUGCCCGAUCUUUUAAUAAUGUUUUAUUUUUAAUUUGACCAUAAAUAUUCAUGUAAUGCAGAUGGUCAACGUAAGGCUCGUGGACCAGUGACGGUACGCGGUCCAACAUUUGGGAAAGUUAAUCUGCAUAUUGAUUUUCAUGAUUUUUUUUUCCACAGCGAGUGCUGAAACCCAUCUUCACAUACUACAUUAAAAUUGUCUGAGCUUUACCACUAAGAAAUAUCUAUUGACUAGCUGAGGGCAACGCCUGUUUUUUUUUUUUUUUUUUUUUACUUUAGAACUUCAUAACACAUGAUACAAUAGGAUCACUGUAUUAGCUGAUCAUUACCGUUUAUUUCCCAAUAACAGUGCCGAAUACCACUAAGAAAUAUCUAUUGACUAGCUGAGGGCAACGCCUGUUUUUUUUUUUUUUUUUACUUUAGAACUUCAUAACACAUGAUACAAUAGGAUCACUGUAUUAGCUGAUCAUUACCGUUUAUUUCCCAAUAACAGUGCCGACAGAUACGUCAACGCCUGGGCUAGGGAGACACCAAGGGGAUUCACCGGUGGAGAGGGAAAACCCUAUUUUGAUUUUCAUUGCCGUAAUUGGUGAGUGGAUGUUGGCAUUUUACUGUGGCAACUGAGAGCUAAAACUAGCUGCCGACAUAGUUAUCAUUUACUGAAUGAGCCUAUUCACAUUUACACAGUUUUUAUAAUAAAAUAUACCUCCAUCAAACAAAAAACAAACAAAAAAUAUCAUCAAUAGUACACUCAAAUUUUGUUAGGGAUUUUGACUGUUUUUUUUUUUUCAAUAAAAGUAAAUUUGGGAAUUUCCAAAUCUAUCUGACAAGAUGCCAAGCUAAACGUUUAUUUAACUUGAUAGCUAAUAAUCUCAAAUAUCGUUUCGUGCUCCAGGGUAAGAGCUUUGUUGUUCCUUAGCACUUAUUAUUUUUCUUCUAAAAAAACAAUACAAUUUUUAGAUGCAUAAUUUAACGCUCGUUCAUCCUAAGUCAUAGGAUCUAAGUCAUAGACUCUAAGUCAUAGACUCCUAGUCAUUGAAUCUAAAGUAAUAGACUCCUAGUCAUAGAUCGUAAGCCAUAUACUCUAAGUCAUAGGCUCCUAGUCAUAUACCCUAAGUCAUAGACUCUUAAGUUAUAGACGCUAAGUCAUAGACUCUAAGUCAUAGAAUAUAAAUAUAAAUAAACAAACAGCUAAACAAAUAAAUAAACAAAAUUAGUUGUAAUCUUACUGUAAAUAAUUUAAAAGAAAUUGAAAUAACAUUUUUUUUUUAAAUUUUGCCGUUGGCAUAAAGUAAUUUGUGUUCUCAUCCGUUGAUCUUUCAAAAGGAUAAAACAACAAAAAAGAAUAAAUUAACGUAGUAACAUUUUUUUCUGUUGACAGUGUCUGCCACUUUGUGCCUUGGAAUAGUGUUGAUCGCUCUAACUGCUUUUCGAGGAGUUUCUAUCAAAAAGGAACGCGGUAAGACUUAGGGUAACUGAUAGACUGAUAAACGAUUAGUAUUUAGUGACUCACAAAGCCAAUCUGCCUCUACUUACACCAUUCCAUGGUAAGAAGGUGAGCUGAGCUAUAACUAAAACAAGAAGUGAUCUGAGAUAUUUCAACGCAUAACCUUUGACCCUUUCUCGGGUGGCAGUUUUUGAAAUUUAAAGGCGAACAACGGGACCCCCCCCCCUUUCCCCCCCAUCCCCGCUAUCCACCACAGGGAAGAAAAAAACAACAACAUCGGAGUAGCUGCCCUUAUUUCUAAAACUGGAUUAUCCUCCUUGGCCAGAAGGCUAAAUCUCCUUUAAUGCUUAGCUGAUAUAAAUGUAUACUGCAAACAUUCGCUUAUUUAGAGUGGUCGCCCCGCGCUACACUGUUUUUGGGGGGCGGCAUUUUCACCUUCUCCUGUUAACGUAACAAGGCGGGACACACGGCUUAUUUCCUCAAGACUUACGCCGUAAUAGUUUCGAACAUUAGGAUAGGGAAAUUGGCAACAUUAUAUUGAAGACAAAUGGUUUUUCAUAACCUUGUAUUUGUUCUUACCAAGCUUCUGAUUUGCACGGUGAAAGGCGAAUUGCCUUUUUUUAAAAAAAAUGUUUUAUGUAUGGUUAUGCAAAAUGGGUUGUGAAUUGAUUAAAUGAAUCCAUUGGUCUUAUUUUAAAACCGGUGAUUUUUACUAACAACAUCCGCAACAUAAGCUACAACAGCAACAGCAAAAUACGACUCAAGCAACAUCACCAACAUCAACAACGACAACAAACAAGUACACUUAAAAUUGAUUUUAAAUCAACGUUCAGAAGGAAAUUUCAUCGAGUGAAACGCAACUCUGUAAGUCUUAGUGCGUACAUGUUGCCUUCGCUUUUGCCUUAAGCUUGUUAAUAAUUUAAUCUCAAGAUACCAAAGUCGCAAGAAGCAACACUGAAAAUAACGACUCUGAAGAUGAGAGUGACGAUGGUAAACACUCUGAGAAGGAGAGGGCUUGCAAUGUGAAGAAACGGGUCAAGAAUAACAGCAACUAUGGUAACGAAUCAAAUUUUAUUUAUUUCGCAAAGAUUGCCCAAUUCAGUCCAUGUUUUAUGACAGCUGAGUCAUUGAGAAUAUAGAAUCAAUGCUUCAUCAGUGGCCUUAUCACUGUAGAGAAAUUAAUACGCCAUGCACGCAGAAGCAAACAUUUAAGAUAAAUGUAUUUUUAAAAAUUUAGGAUAGAAAACUAUAACGCUCUUAAAUAAACAUUAAAGAUAAUAAAAUGUGUAGUUUGUUGUUUUUCGCCUUUGCUUUGGUGGUACCUAAAGUGAAUAAUAUUUGUUUUAUUUCAAGAAUGGAUAGAUGAGAAAGAUGUGGAGAGUUCGGCCAAUAAAAGAAAGUCCAUGAGAAAUGCAGCAAUAGAAGACAUGACUGAAAGUACAAGGGGAAAUAUCUCCAUGGAGAAUGUAAGCUCGGAUCGUAUAGGCAAUAUACACGAGAGAGACACAAGAAAUGGCGAUGACGAUUAAUGAAAAAAAAGCGAAAAUACGAUUAAAUGAACAAUCUAGAACAAUAUGUUCAACACUGUUAAUGUUCCCUAAAGAUAUAUUUAAUUCUAUUUCGGAUAUUUUUUCACGUUUAAAUCAUUUAUUUGUAAAUAUUGAUGUAAUGUUGAUAACAAUUUUUUUUAAAUUAUCUAAAUGACUAUCUGUAUCAUUAUUCUAUUGUUCUUAUUAUAAUAUGCUUAUUGAAAAUAUUAUGUUGAGACUAUUGUAAUUUUUAGAACCCAAUCUCGUUGACUUGUUAGAAUUAUAAAACAAUGCAAUAACCAUAUUAAAAGAAAAAAUAAUUAAAUUUUUUGUCAAUAAAUGUAAGUUAAUAAGUACUGCAUUUUGCUCUGCUGGUAUUUUUAAAAUUAAAAUUUAAUUGAUUAUGUGUGUAAAAUUGCUACUCAUUCCAUAAUUUUGAUAGGAUACUUCACACACAAUGUCAUUUGAGUUCACUCUUUAAAGUUGUGAAAUUUAAAAUUAUUCUUUAAUAAAGCUGUAAUGAUAUCAUAAGUUGAGGAAGGCGAUCCGUCCCGAUCGACAUGUUUUUAAGGACGGCAUUUUCGCCUUCUGUAGUGAAAAGAACGAGGCAAGACAACAGAAACAGCACACAAUUUUACUCUGUCGGCGUGUGUAUUUAUAAAUACUUGUAUCUAAAGAGGACUGUACUUUUUUUAUAGCUUUUUAUUUCUGUAUUUUAUUAUUUUAAAAAAAAAAUUAAUAGUUUAAUUAAAUAGAAUAUUGUUCAUACCACUCAA